AUGAAAGGUUUAAUUUUAGUAGGUGGUUAUGGUACCAGAUUAAGACCAUUAACUUUAACUUUACCAAAACCAUUAGUUGAAUUUGGUAAUAGACCAAUGAUUUUACAUCAAAUUGAAGCUCUUGCUGCUGCUGGUGUUACUGAUAUUGUAUUAGCUGUCAAUUAUCGUCCAGAAGUUAUGGUUGCCACUUUACAAAAGUAUGAAAAAGAAUAUGGUGUUUCCAUUACUUUCUCAGUUGAAGAAGAACCUUUAGGUACUGCUGGUCCAUUAAAAUUGGCUGAAAAAAUCUUAAAGAAAGAUGAUACUCCAUUUUUUGUAUUAAAUUCAGAUGUUAUUUGUGAUUAUCCAUUUGCUGAAUUAGCUGCAUUCCAUAAGGCUCAUGGUGCUGCUGGUACCAUUGUUGCUACUAAAGUUGAUGAACCAUCUAAAUAUGGUGUUAUUGUUCAUGAUAGAGAUACUCCAAAUUUGAUUGAUAGAUUUGUUGAAAAACCAGUUGAAUUUGUUGGUAAUAGAAUUAAUGCUGGUUUAUAUAUUUUAAACCCAUCAGUUAUUGAUUUAAUUGAUAUGAAACCAACUUCAAUUGAAAAGGAAACUUUCCCGCUCUUGGUUGAACAAAAACAAUUAUAUUCUUUUGAUUUAGAAGGUUAUUGGAUGGAUGUUGGUCAACCAAAAGAUUUCCUUUCUGGUACUUGUUUGUAUUUAACUUCCCUUUCUCAAAAAUUCCCAGAAAAAUUAUCUAAAGAAAAAUUUGUUCAUGGUGGUAACGUAUUGAUUGAUGAAACCGCCAAGAUUCAUCCUUCUGCUUUAAUUGGUCCUAAUGUCACCAUUGGUCCAAAUGUUGUCGUUGGUGAAGGUGCCAGAAUUCAAAGAUCUGUCUUGUUAGCUAAUUCCGAAGUUAAAGACCAUGCUUGGGUUAAAUCUACAAUUGUUGGUUGGAAUUCUAGAAUCGGUAAAUGGGCUAGAACUGAAGGUGUUACCGUUUUAGGUGAUGAUGUUGAAAUUAAGAAUGAAAUUUACGUUAAUGGUGCUAAAGUCUUACCUCAUAAAUCUAUUUCUACAAAUGUUGAACAUGAAGCUAUUAUUAUGUAA